AUGGGCUGGGAAGGAGAAAGGAAAACAGGGGGGACACAUGGAGAGGGACGGCAAGCCCUGGCUAGCGACGCCCGCUUGCCAACCAGGUGGACCGACUACGUCCCGCUGGGUAGGAGGAUGCCGGGCACCCGCUUCAUCGCCUUCAAGGUCCCCCUGAAGAAGAGCUUUGAUCAGAAACUUCAUCCAGAGGAGAGAUUUUCACCUUGUGACCUCAUCAAGAAAAUCAAAGAGCAGAAGGAAGAACUGGGGCUGAUCAUUGACCUGACAUACACAACUCGCUACUACAGGCCAGAGGAGCUCCCAGACACACUCUGCUACUCCAAGAUCUCGACAAUGGGCCAUGAAAUACCAAACAGGCACACCAUUUUUCAGUUCAAAUGCGUUGUAAAAAAGUUUUUGAGGGACAACAAAGAUAAUGAUAAACUCAUCGGAGUUCAUUGCACGCAUGGCUUGAACAGAACUGGCUACCUGGUUUGUAGGUACCUGAUUGAUGUUGAAGGCAUGGAGCCAAAUACUGCGAUAGAGUUGUUCAACAGGGCUCGAGGGCAUCCUAUAGAGAGAACCAACUAUAUCCAAGAUCUUCAGAAGAGAUCUGUAAAAACGAACUGCGGACUAAAGAAUUUGAGCUCGGGCUCCUUCAAAGAAAAAUCUGGUGCUACCCCAAACGCUAAAAAGCAGAUGGUCAAACAUCAUCUGCAUCAUUCAAACCAAGGCCCCUUAGCAGUGCCCAGGCUCCUCCCAUCUCAGCAGGGCUUGCAGGGGAACAGUGAAUGCAGGUAAAGAGCUUCCUCUUGACCUGGGGCAAACAUCCUAGAUGGGAGAUGACCUCUGGCAGCUCCCAGCUGUGGGGGAGCUCCAAAACCACCUCAGUAGUAGAUGUGUGGUGGCCAGUGCCUGCUUCUGGCAGAGCAGCGGCUCUUUUAGCCUCUCUUCGGGGGCAUACAGAGUCAGAUUGAUCAAGGUUGGAAAAGCCCCUGCAGCUCCUCCAGCCCAACCGUGACCCUCC